AUGAGAUAGGCAGAAGUUGAAUAGGUCAAGAAAUUUUAAUUUUUUAAUUAAGAAAACAUUCAAGAUUAGAGAGCUAAUGGUGAUCCAACUGCCCCAACCUUGAAUGAUAUUGGAAUAUCAGAUGGAUGUGGAAUUGGAACCAAAUUGUUCCUCUCAUCUUAGUCCAAGAAUCUAAUUUAUGUUUACGAAGCCAAUUCCAUUCAAGGAUGCUUUUAACCUCAUAAUGAGUCAUUCAGAGUUAUGAAAUGCACUAGGGAAAGCAGAGAGGGAAAGCUUGUAACAUUUGGUAUCGAUAGCGAAAACAACUAAAAGAGUAGCUUUGUGAAAUUUUGGGAUCCCAAUACAACUGACUAUCAAAAUAUGAAACCUAUCAAAGUUAUCUUGGUCAAUAAAGUUGGUUAACCCUUACAAAAUUUUAAUUGCUUUUGCAUCGCUAAAGACUUAAGUGCUAUGGCCUUUGGUUUGCAAGAUGGUUAAAUAUUGAUCUUCAAGGCCAAAUCAUAAAACCUAAUGACAAUGGAUUUUAAAGAUCAAGUCAUUUAAACUGAUUAAGAACCAAUCAAAUCUGUUCAUCUAAGUAGACAGGAUCAAAAUUUGAAUUUAUUUUGUACAACCGACUCUAACAUCAUCUGUUUUUAGAAUAUGCAAAAUAGAAAGAAAUUUUCAAUUCCAGCAGGAGCAUAAUUCGAUUUGACAGCCAAAGGCACUCUGAUCGGAUGUCCUAAGGAUGACACUUCUACAAUAGUGGAAUAUAGUGAUACUAAGAAAGAAGCUACUUGGAAUGUCGAUGGUGAUAAAAUAGAAGUUAGAUUUUUCAAAUAAAACUACUUGAUUAUGUUGAUAUCACCAAGAUAGGAUAAAGAAUAAGUUGAUUAAUCCGUGUAAUUAACUAUCUUUGAUCUUCUAAACAAUUAUAUUGCAUAUUAUAAGAAAUUCGAAAAGAUUCAAAGGUUUAUUCCAGUCGGUGAUUAUCUCUAUGUUAUUACUCAAAAUAAUAGAGGUGAGAAAAACUUAAUAAGGUUAACAGAGAAAGAAAAUACUCACAAAAUUGAGAUCUUUUUUAAAAAUAAUUAUUUUGAUGUUAUGUAUAGGUUUGCUAGCAAUUAAUCAUCUGAUAAAACUCUAUUAGCUGAAAUCAGUAGAUUGCAUGGUGAUCAUUUAUAUGAUUAACACGAUUUCUAAGGUGCAAUCAAAUAAUAUAUUAAUACAGCAGGUAUUUUAGAACCCUCUUAUGUAAUUGGGAAGUUUUUAGAUGUUUCACAUGUUGACUUUUUGAUUUAAUAUUUAGCAGCAUUGCAUCAUGAAAAGUAAGCAGAUAAGAAUCAUACAGCCUUGUUGUUGAAUUGUUAUGUAAAGUAGAAAUAGAUUACUAAACUUGAAGAAUUUUUGAAGGAAUCAAGUUUCGAUUCAGAUCUCUUUGAUAUUGAUACUGCUAUCAAAGAAUGCAGAUAAUUAGGACACAUAGAUUUGGCCUUGAGAUUAGCUAAAUCUCGAUAGAAAAAUGAAGCUUACCUCAGUAUUCUGAUUGAGACAAACAAAGAUUAGAAUAAUAAGGAAUAGAAUAGGUAGGAUUGUAAGAGUGCUUUGAUGUAUAUAAGAGAAGAGAUCUAAUUGGAUGAGAAGGCUUAAUAUUUGAAGGAGUUUGGACAAUAGUUAAUGAAGGCAGAGCCAGAAUUAUGUCUUGAAAUUAUCCAAAAUUUAGUUUUGCUUAUUAGUAUGGUGCAGAAUUUGAAGAAAAGAAUAGACUCACAAAAAGGAAUUGAAUCAAUUAGUAUAUUGACACCUGAAGAGUUGAAGGUGUGGAGAUAUUUCAAUUUAUCAGAUGAGGAGAUCAAAAAGGUAUUCUCAAUCACAUUUGGUAAACCAGAUGAAUUCUUGCACUUAUUUGUGGUUAAUGAUGAGUAUUUGGAAAGUUAUUUGAAAUUCUUAAUUGAAAAUUGCAAAACAUUACCGAAUGAAAAAGCUAUAUUCCACAGAUACUUUGAAUAUCAUUUAGAGAAAUAUCAAUUAUUUUAUAAAGAUGAGAGUAAGAUUGGAAUUAGAGACACCUAAUUAUAGAGCAAAGAACAAGGUAUUAUGAAAUUGUUGGAGAAUUAGGAAAAUGAAAAGAAAUACGAUAAGAAUCAUCUGUUAGUUUUGUUCAAAAUGUACAAUUUUGUACCAGGUAUCAUUUUCUUAUUGAAAAAAUUAUAAAUGAGAGAAGAGUUAUUGAAUUUCUACAUCAGUUUGAAGUAGAAUGAUUAGAUCAUCAAUUUGUGCAGUGAAUAUGGUAGGGAAGAAACAAAUCUUUGGAUACAAGCAUUGAAAUAUUUUGCAAAGCCAGAAAAUGGUGCAGAGAAUUACAUCGAAAAGGUGUUAGUGUUAGUAAGCAGUUUAGAAAAUCUUUCACCAUUGCUUAUACUUAAUAUAUUGUCAAAAAAUAGAAAUGUUAAUUUUAAAUUAGUCAAGAACUAUUUCACUAAUAAAAUAUCAAAGGAUAAGAAACAAAUUGAUGACUGUUAAAAAGUUGUUAAGGAAAAAAUGAAGAAAGCAACAGAAUUGAGAGCUGAAUACAAGAAAUUAAAGACUCAAGCCAAAGUGUUCCAAUCCACAAAAUGUAAUUGCUGUGAUGCCAUUUUGAGUUUACCUUCUUAUCAUUUCCUUUGUGGUCAUUCCUAUCAUGAACAUUGCAUUCAUACUGAAAGAGCAUGUCUCCUAUGUCCUUAGGAUACUUAGAUGUUUUUCAAAAGAAAAUAGGAAUUCAUUGAAGCAUCAAAGGAAACCAAACCAUUUAAAGAAAAACUUUAUGCAGCAGCAGAUAAAUUUGAUGUUAUAUGCGAGUAUCUAGGACAGGGCAUAAUUUCAAAUUAGAAAGCUGAUUGAAUCAACAAUAUUGUAUAUCAAAAUAUUAUAUAUCAAAAACAUAUAAACUUAAAUCA